CAGCGCCCCUUCCUCCUCCCCGCCCCCAUUUGGAAGCAGAAGCAAAAUAAAAGGCAGGAGGGAGCUGCGGGUCAGAGAGACCCCCUUGGCGAGACCCCAGGACCCACCCACACCCCGCCUGCCGCUAGUGCCCUUCUUGUCCGAAGACCGGGCUUUCUGGGUGUAUCCUUAGGAUCUGCAGGCAGCCCCCCUCGCGGCGCGCGUGCAGGAUGCUCAACGGCACCCCCCUCGAGGCAGCCAUGCUCUUCCACGGGAUCUCCGGAGGCCACAUCCAAGGCAUCAUGGAGGAGAUGGAGCGCAGAUCCAAGAGCGAGGCCCGCCUGGCCAAGGGCGCGCAGCUCAGCGGCCGCGACGCGGGGAUGCCCCCGCUGAGCCCGGAGAAGCCCGCUCUGUGCGCUGGCUGCGGAGGCAAGAUCUCGGACAGGUACUACCUGCUGGCCGUGGACAAGCAGUGGCACCUGCGGUGCCUCAAGUGCUGUGAAUGUAAGCUGGCCCUGGAGUCCGAGCUCACCUGCUUCGCCAAGGACGGCAGCAUUUACUGCAAGGAGGAUUACUACAGAAGGUUCUCUGUGCAGAGAUGUGCCCGCUGCCACCUUGGCAUCUCCGCCUCCGAGAUGGUCAUGCGCGCCCGAGACUCUGUCUAUCACCUGAGCUGCUUCACUUGCUCCACCUGCAAUAAGACCCUGACCACGGGCGACCAUUUUGGCAUGAAGGACAGCCUGGUGUACUGUCGUGCCCACUUCGAGACCCUCUUGCAAGGGGAGUACCCGCCGCAGCUGAGCUACACUGAGCUGGCAGCCAAGAGCGGAGGCCUGGCCCUGCCUUACUUCAAUGGCACGGGCACUGUGCAGAAGGGGCGGCCCCGGAAACGGAAGAGCCCAGCCCUGGGAGUGGACAUCGUCAAUUACAACUCAGGUUGUAACGAGAAUGAGGCAGAUCACCUGGACCGGGACCAGCAGCCUUACCCACCUUCACAGAAGACCAAGCGGAUGCGGACUUCCUUCAAGCACCACCAGCUCCGGACCAUGAAAUCCUACUUCGCCAUCAACCACAACCCGGAUGCCAAGGACCUCAAACAGCUUGCUCAGAAAACGGGCCUGACCAAAAGAGUUUUACAGGUUUGGUUCCAAAACGCAAGAGCCAAAUUCAGAAGGAACCUUUUGCGGCAGGAGAAUGGGGGUGUUGAUAAAGCUGAUGGCACGUCGCUUCCGGCCCCGCCCUCAGCAGACAGCGGCGCUCUCACUCCACCCGGCACUGCGACCACUUUAACAGACCUGACCAAUCCCACUAUCACUGUAGUGACAUCCGUGACCACUAACAUGGACAGCCACGAAUCCGGAAGCCCCUCACAAACUACCUUAACGAACCUUUUCUAACAUUGGUUUUCUUUUUCCCCCCCCAUUCUUCCUCUUCUUUUUUAUUAUUUUUCUAAUUAUUAUUAUUUUAUUAUUUACAAGACUUCCCCUCCCCCAACCCACAAGAUAUUUGGGAAAUAAAAACAACAGUUUGGUGUGUAGCAUCUGCAGCCACUUGGCAAAUGAGUUUACAAUAUUGUCUUCUUUGCAACGUGAUUUUUUUUUUUUUGUCUACAAAGUGUAUUUUGAUUUAAAAGAAUAAUUAGAGCUUUCAGUUGUUAAGGGAAAUCUUCGGAUAACUCUAACAAAGUGCCUCUUAAAAUUGUAUGUUACUUAUUUCCAGAAUCUCAAAGAAAACAAACAAACAAAACAAAAAGAGUGGUAUAAUGAUGAGCAAAUAAUCAUAUUCCCGACUAAAUGAUUAGGGUAGUAAAGAAUAAGAUAAUUAAGCAUUAAUUAAAAAAAACAAUUUGUAUGUGUAUGUAUGGGACAUUGAGAGCUUAACAUUUGAAAUUAUCUAAAACUGAAAAAAAAGUUUUGAUUCUUUUUCUUACACACGAGGAAUAUGAUUGAACAAAAGCAUUAACCAUAGCAACUGUAGACAUUAAAGGUUAGCUAUGUGAGUAAUCUACUCACAGAAUAUGACUUUUUUUUUCUCCUUUUAAAAAGAUGUACACCUUAACAAAACUUUCAAGUUAGAUAUUUGCUUUUCAGUGUCUGAAAAAUACUUAAAUUCCCUGUGUACCUAUAAAAAUACCAGAUAGAACUGCAGAUCCUAUACUUUUAAUCUUCUAAAGCUAAAAAAAUGAUAGUUGUGGAACCAUUCUUUCUAAAUUAUUUUCCCAGGGAAAAUGGAAAUAAGCAAAAUAUAAUUUUUUAAGAAGUAAAAAAAUUAGUCUAAUUGAACUAAUAGCUCUAUUGAUUGGCUUCAGCUGUACCAUAAUAUUGUAUCUGGCAUCCCAUUUGAAUAAUGUUUUUACAAAUGUCACAGACUAAUACUAACAAUGAGAAUUCUUUGGUUUUGUUUUGCUUUAUUUUAAUUUCACACAGGUUGAUAUUUUUGUCAAAAAAAAAAAAUCUGGCACUGAGAUUUGAAGUUAACCAGCCCUCAACUAGAUAAACUCAGAAGCCUUGUGGAUGCUGAUCUGACUAUAUUUCCUAGUUUACAGUAGCAUUUUUCCCCCUUUAAUUUAAGCUAAAAUCUUAAUGGUCUGGGCAGUGGUGAAUGUUCAUCUAUAUGCUUCUGUUGUAGUUAAAUACCAAUUAGAUUGUGGAUUUCCUAAAAAAAAAAAAAAGUCAAGAUAUAUGUCUUGCUUUAGUGGAUUGUUAAGAAUAACUUUGCACAUAUUCUCCACUUUUUGGACCUCUUAAAUCUCCUCUGGUGGUCAAAGUGGCUAUUUAAUAGAUUUUAAAGGUGUCCUUCUGACUGUAUUAAGGUGUGGCUACAUAUUGACAGUUCACUGCCCAUAUUAAAGUGCAUUAUUGUAACUUUUGCUCAGGGUCUUUAGAAAAUUAGCACAGAAAGUAGCUUAUUUUUAAAAAAAAAGAUGAUGGAAGAUAAGUUAACACUGUAACAGAAGAAAGGUGUGAUUGCCAUUAUAUAUUUAGCAAGUGUGGUUAUCAUCUUAUAUGGAGCUUAAAUCUUGACUUUUCAUAUUUCUAUUACAUUUUGGGCAUUUACCACUAACCAGACCAAACAACCUUGGUAAGGCUGAGAUCUUAUUAGUACACUUUUACAGGUAAAAUAUUGAUACUUAUAAAUUUUGUUCUUUGACAGAACAAUAUAUGGUACUAUAGAUCUACUUUAUUAAGUAGACUAAUUAUAACUCAGUUCUCCUAUGUGCCUUAUGAUAUAACUUGGAAGUAAGUUUGUGAAAAAUCAGGAUAUAUGUGUUGUUUGUUAAAUUAACUGUUUUCAGCCCUUUUGACACCUCACUAGUUUUGUACUGUUUUACCUCUUAUUUCUGAGACUCUUUUUAUGGUGUAUCCUGUUAGAGGAGACAAACAUGUCAUAGAAAGCAGUUGUGCACUCUUUCAAAUAUAGUUGAUAAAUUCAAUAAUCUUAUAUAUGAGCUUCGUGUUUAUAGUACAGUAAGUGGUCUAGCAAAAUUGUCCAUGUUUCUUUGUUUAUUGAUAAAUGCAUUGUAUAGAAACUAUUUCCCCUAAAUAUUUAUGGACCAAACAAUUGUGAUAUAUCCUAUUAAAUUUGUGUGAAUAAACCAUUUGAAUCUAAGGAGUUUUAUUUCCCACCAAUUUUAUUUAAGGCUUAACCCUACAGUGAUUUCAAUAUCUAUAUGUAAGAGCUAUUAACAUGGUAAUACAAACAUUUAAAAAUAUUCAAACAUAACAAAAUAUUUUUUAGAUUUCCAAAUAUUUUCUUCAUCCUAAGUGUAUGCAGCAUUGCCUUUGCAAUGUAAUUCAACUUACAAUUACCUUUUCUUAUAAUAAACGUAAUGCCCCAUGGAUUUGACUCAACCCAGUUUUUUUUUUUUUAAAGUUAAUUAGCAGAUAAAGUACUUGCAUGAAAAGAAACCUUAAAUAUGAUUAAGAUUUAAUGUUAGGCUUAUUGAGCACAGUGCAUAUUUGUAAAUCUAAAUAGAAAUUGCAGACCCCUAAAAGCCAGGUUGCUCUGUAGUUAAUAAAU